AUGGUAACUUUAUCUAACCGUUGUUUUCUUGAGAAGGGGCUCGGUCUGGUGCUUCAGGCCAUUGACGAGGAUAACAAUCACUCUUAUCCCGAAGCUCUCCGCUUAUACCGUGACGCGAUUGAUUGUCUUGCAUCUGCGUUAGAAGGCGAAACAACGGAAAGCAGUAGAGACAUUAUCCGUCACAAAAUCUCCGAGUACUCGCUGCGCAUAGCAGACAUCGAACGACACGUGAAGUUCCCUUCGAAACAUGACUCGUUCCCCGACCCCGACUACUUCCCAAUGCCAACCUUCGGUGAAGCGCUCUCCACCGCCAUCAAGGAGAAAUUGCUUUCGUCCUCAGAUGACUCCGAAUCCGACUAG